UCCGCCGGGGACGCGUGGCCGCCGCUCCUUGUGCAAUGGCCCUCGCGCUCGCCAAGGGGUUUCUGGGAAGCGUAGUCCUCGCCGCUUUGGUCCCGGGCAGGUUGCUAUGUAAGCAAACCUGGGGACGGAGGAAGCUUCUGCAAGAGAGAGAGAGAGAGUGAGGGGGUUUGUUUUGUUAAGCUGCGCCAGAAGAUUGCUCCAGUAUUUCUCAAGAGAUGAACCGUCAGUAUGUUGAAGACCGGAUUGUGGAAGUGGACCCUCUUCCCUUCACCUGGAGCGUGGAAACACCUGGGCCUCAUUAUGCUCUCUGUUUGAAGAUGUCGCGGCUUAAGCAAUUAGCGUUCAACUUUGAGUUUGGAUCUGUAGACCCCAGGCAAUCAUUUCCAAAGACAGAAUUUCCUGAACGGAUUGUUAAGCUUGACAUCUCUUUAAAUGAACUCCAAGAGAUUCCACCCGAAGCCCUUUUCCCGUUUGAGAAUUUGGCCGAGCUGGACGCGUCGCUUAAUGCUUUAAGCACGACGAGAGGGAUGGGGCCCCUUCCCAACCUGGUGGCCCUUAACCUUAGUUAUAACGCGAUCAGAGAGGUGAAGGAGCUGGAAAACUGCCCCUGCCUGUCCGUUCUGCACGUGUCCCACAAUCGCUUGAGGAGCCUCACAGAUUUCCCUCUCUUGAGUAACCUGACACGGCUGAAUUUGUCUUCGAAUCAGUUGGAGUCUCUGGAAGGGGUGCAGAAUCUCCCCCGGCUCCGCGAGCUCGACGUGCAGAAGAACCGCAUUGCCAGCCUCCUGCCUCUGGCUUCUUCGCUGUCUCUCAACGUCCUCUGUGCCUCCGGCAACGACAUUGGCGGGCUGCCCGAGGCUCUGCACGUGCUCAGAGGCCUCCGCAGGCUGAAGCAUCUCACGCUCAAGGACAACCCAGUGGCGCGAGACAACCGCUACACCACUGGCAUCAAGGAGUGCACCUCCGUGGAGAUACUGGACGGGAUGUUUCUCCACGAUCCGCCAAGUCUUUCUGCUCUCCCUCUGCACAUGUGGCCCCUCCUCCGGGAACCAACAUCCAGUUCAACCGACGUCGCCCAAGCCAAAGCAGACUUGAAGGAGGCGGCCAGGAGAGCCUUCGGCGCAAGGCUGCAGCGGAGGAGAGACGACGUCGGCAGCGCUGUGCAUCACUUUCAUUCCAGGAUAUUGGAACUGCGGGAAGAGUUGACAGGCUACGAAGAAAGACUCAGACUGGAAUUGGAUGGGUGCGAAAGAUUCAUCCAAGCUCUUCCGUCGGAGGAUUUCCGAAAGUUGGACAAUCCUCAGGAGAUUGCUGAAGCCAUGGACAAAUACCUGUUCACCAAAUUCUGGGAAAAGUGGCAGAGGGGUCGAAGGAAGCCUGUCUGUCUACCCUACAAGGAGCUGAGCAAGCCAGAGGAUGUGGUGAACGCCGCUGCUCAUCUGCUCUCAAGUCUGCCGUGCUGUGUCUCCCCCACCAUCUGAGGCCAUUUCCUCUGGGGAUCUUGCCUUCUUCCAUCAGUUGUUGGCUCUGGAAUCCUGUAGCUUGUGCAGCUGCCUUGACAAUCUUUCUCCUAGAGGCCGUAGUCAACAGACACACACAAAAACCCACUUUGGAUAAUUGUUGUGACGCUCUCCUUUCUCCUUGCUGGGAUAGAUGCUUUGGGGUGAUUUUAUUGCAUGUGGUGAUUUUAGGGGUCGUUGCUAUUAAAGUUAACCAUUGCUUAGCACUAAAGAAGAAGAAGAAGAGUUUGGAUUUGAUAUCCCGCUUUAUCACUACCCGAAGGAGUCUCAAAGCGGUUAACAUUCUCCUUUCCCUUC